ACUGACCGAUGAGGCUGUGAAACUUUGGCUUGGUGAUCUCAGAGACUUGGCUUAUGAUGUGGAAGAUGUACUGGACAAGUUUUACACCGAACUGCUCCGGCGCGAGGUAGAAAAUUUGUAUCGAGCUAGCGCAAGUAAGAUAUAACUCAGAGAAAAAAUGACCUUGGUUUGAAUGCUAUUGAAAGAUCUGUAAUUGAAUGGAAAAGGCCACCAAGCUCAAGUUUGCCUGAUGGUCAAGUAAUCGGAAGAGAUGAACACAAGAAGAAAAUAGUUCAAUUAUUGUUAACGGAUCAGCAAAGCAAUCUCAAUUUUGAUGUAGUUGGCAUAGUUGGGAUGCCUGGAGUUGGAAAGACCACACUUGCUGGGUUGGUGUUCCAUGAUGAUGCCGUGAAGGAACAUUUUGACAUCAGAGUAUGGAUUUCUGUUUCUGUCGAGUUUGAUUAUGUGAGGUUAACAAAGGCAAUUCUUCAAACAAUCAAACCAGAAAGUGCGAACAAUGAGGAGUUCAGUAAACUUCAGGAACGUCUUAGUGAAGAAUUGACAGGCAAGAAGUUUUUGUUUGUUUUAGAUGACGUUUGGAAUACCAAGAAUGAUCUCCAUGAUCUCUGGGUAACCAUGCGGCCCCCGUUUAGAGCUGGAGCUCCAGGAAGUAAGAUAAUUGUGACAACAAGAGAUGAAUCUGCUGCAAAGCUGAUGGGAGCAGUUGGACAUCAUAAUCUGGAUUGUGUAUCACGUGAUGAUUGGUGGAAAAUAUUUGUGGAGCAUGCAUUCUCGACAAGUAAUACUAGUGAACAACAAAAUUUGGGAUCAUUAAGGGAUGAAAUUCUUGCAAAAUGCGAUGGCUUGCCCUUGUCUGCACGUGCUCUUGGAGGCCUUCUCUGUUACAAAGAAGUUGACGGAUGGAAAGAAGUAUUGGAGAACAAGUUAUGGACCCAACCGGAACAUAGUAACAUUCCCUCGCUGUUAAAAUUAAGCUACCACUACCUCCCUCCACAUGUAAAAAGGUGUUUUGCCUAUUGCUCAAUAUUCCCAGAGGACUAUGAAUUUGAGGAAAAACAGUUGAUUCUUUUAUGGAUGGCAGAAGGAUUACUUCAGAAUCCAAAAGGGAGCAGACAAAUGGAAGAUUUGGGCAGAGAGUAUUUCAGAGAGCUAUCCUCAAGGUCAUUCUUUCAGAAAUCAAAAAAGGACGAAUCAAAGUAUGUAAUGCAUGACCUCUUCAAUGAAUUGGCACGAUCGGUUGCUGGAGAAAUUGGUUUUAGGUUGGAAGAUAAGGUGGAUAAUGAUAAGCGAUGCAGGAGUUUCGAAAAGUUCCGUCACUCAGCUUACUUCAGUUCUGAGCCUGAAGGCAUGCAGAGACUUGAGGUAUUCUCCAACCUCGAGCAUUUGCGGACUUUUCUACCACUUUCACAUUCAUAUCAUGAGAGAAGAAAGUACUUGACUAGCAAUUUCACUCGUGAAAUAUUGCCAAAAUUACAAUAUUUAAGGGUGCUUUCUCUGAAUGGAUAUUGUAUUAGAGAGCUACCAGAUUCAAUUGGUGAACUAAAAUUUCUACGGUACCUUGACCUUUCCCACACGGAUAUAACAACUUUGCCUGAAUCCAUAAGCCAUCUUUACAAUUUACAGACCUUGUUGUUAGAAGGCUGCUAUUAUCUAAAUGCAUUGCCGAGUGGUUUGAAGAAUCUAAUUAGUCUGCGUCAUCUCACCUUUCCACAUAAAUUGCCGCAUCGAGGGCCUUUGAAAGGAAUGCCUUCAAAUAUGGGUAAGUUGACUAAUCUCCGAACGUUGUCUUACUUCGAAGUGGGAAAAGAGAGUAGCUCAUCAGGAAUUGGAGAGUUGGGACCUCUAUUGCAUCUUCGUCGGACACUACACAUCUCAGGACUAGAGAAUGUGAAUGGAGUUGAGGAUGCAGCAAUGGCCAACUUAACUGGCAAGGAUGGCAUUGAUGUAUUGGUACUGGAAUGGAAGUCGGAAGAAACAGCUGAUCCAGAUAUUUUUGAAAGCCUACAACCUCCUCGGAUGCUCAAGGAGCUUAUUGUCAUGGGCUAUGGUGGUUCUAAAUUUCCAGAUUGGAUGGGAAAUGCUCUGUUCUCUAAGAUGGUGAAAAUGAGGUUAGACAAUUGUAGGAGAUGCAAAUUGUUGCCCUCACUUGGACAAUUGUCCUUGCUAAAAGAGCUUACUAUAAACGGAUUGUCUGGGGUAGAAAGCGUUGGAAGUGAGUUUUACGGGGAUGGUGGCUUGAACGCUUUUCCAUUAUUGGAAACCCUGUGCUUUAAGUAUAUGGAAAAUUGGAAAGACUGGUUUCCAGAUGAAACCAAUAAUGGAAUUGAUAGGUUUCCUCAGCUGAAAAAGCUUGUUGUAAACAAUUGCCCAAUGUUGAAGGGUAAAUUACCAGAGAACCUUCCUUCGUUAAAAGACCUUGAGGUUUUUGCUUGUGAGCGGCUGACAGUUUCAAUUCCCAGCAAUCAAAUGCUCUGCUCGUUAUCCAUCCAUAGCUGUGCAGAGGUGGUUUGUGAAAAUCAUGCACACUUGAAGUCACUAAAGUCCAUUUUUAUUUCUAACAUUCGAAAGUUUAGGUAUCAACCAGAAAGAUUCAUGCAAGGAUUGACAAGAGAAGAAAAUUUGGUGGUUCCUGGUUGCAAUGAGAUGGCUGCUUUGCUGCAGGAUACAUUUUGUCAACUCACUUCCUUUCAUGAAUUACGAAUUGAAGGCAGUUCCUUGCGCCAUCUUACACUGGUUGCUGUUCCUGGUUGCAAUUGGAUGACUUCUUUGCAGCAGUAUGAAUUACGUCAGCUCGCUUCUCGUCGCUGUCUAAAAAUUAAUGACAGCUGCUUGCAGUAUCUUGAACUGGAUGUGGAAGAAACAGAACAGGUACAAUUGCGGAUAACUACCAAACUGGAGAGACUGUUAUUAAGCCAGUGUAAUAAUCUUUUGAAGGUACCAGAAGGGUUGCACCUAACAUUACUUAAAGAGCUAAGCAUAGUUCUCUGCCAUAGUCUCACGUCUAUUUCAGAGUCCAGUUUGCCGUCUUCUCUCAGAGUUUUGUAUAUUCGUGAUUGCAGCAAUUUGAAAUCAGUACUGGUACAAGAGGAGUACACCAGCACCAACAGCAAUUGCACACUUUGUCUGGAGUCAUUGACUAUACAACGGUGUUUUUCUCUUGAAUCCCUAACAUCGGCCAAGUUACCAGACACACUUAAACAGCUUGAAGUUUGGGAUUGUCCCAGUUUAAUUUGCUUAUCAUCAUCGAAGGAGCUACCUGAGGCGCUAGUCCUCGAUAUUUCGACAUGCAAUCGUCUUACAUCCUUAUUAUCGGAUGACAAAUUGCCCAAAGCCCUAAAGCGUCUUAAGAUAAGUGAAUGUCACAGUUUGACUUGCUUAUCAUCUUCGGAGGAGCUACUUGAGGCGCUUGAAGACCUCAAUAUUCGGAAUUGCAAUCGUCUUACAUCCUUAGUAUCGGAUGACAAAUUCCCCAAAGCCCUAAAACAUCUUACGAUAUGGGGUUGUGGAAAGCUGAAGAGGAUAACAAAUAGGUUCUACGGCAACACUUGUCUUCAAUCUCUUUCCAUUAGCAAUUGCAAAAACCUUACAUCCUUACCUGAAGGCCUCCACCAUCUCACCGACCUUCGUGCAGUAUAUAUUGUAGGCUGUGAAAAUCUAGUUUCCUUCCCCGAAGGAGGGCUGCCCGCUUCAAACCUGAGAAGGCUUAUUGCUCCAGGUACCAUUUUGAAUAAUAUGGUAGCCAAUCCCAGAGGCAUGCAAGGUUUUCCACCAAAUUUAACUUCGCUUACCAUUUUGAAUCUCGAGGUGAUUAAGCCACUCUUCCAGUUGGGAUUAUUGCAUAGACUCACCUCUCUUAGAGAGCUUGAUUUGAAAGGUAAAGCUACAGAUAUGGUGUCCUUUCCAUCUGAAGAUGAGAAGGGUGGGAGGAAGGGGAUGAUGUUACCAAAGUCUCUCAUCACCCUCCGAAUUCAACAUUUUGAGAACCUGAAGAAGUUUUCCGCCGGAUUACAAUGCCUCACAUCUCUUCAACAUGUUUAUCUCAUUAACUGCGAAAAGCUGAAAUCUUUACCAGAGAGGGGUCUGCUUCGUUCACUUUUGAAACUUGAAAUCAGCGGCUGCAAACUUCUACAAAAAAAAUGCAAAAGGGACACAGGUCCAUUCUGGCCCCGCAUUGCUCAUAUUCCUGAUGUUCGGUGUUGAGCUUGUUCGUACAAGGCCCGCCUCAUUAGCCUAGUAACCUGCGCCUCUCUUCUGGUACUUUUCUUUUUAUUGAUUUACUUAUUUUUUUAGCAUUUGUAUCAUUUUAAUUUUUACCCAAUCUUUUGCUCUUUUUUUUUUUUAUUUUUUAUUUUUUUUAAGGUUCAUAUUGUCUUUUAUUAUAAAGAAGAAACAAGAUUAAUAUCAUUUUACCCAAAAUUAUAUUAUAACACAUUUCUCAUUUUAUGAGUUUGAUGAAAUUAACAAUUAAUAUACAGCCUCUCUAUAACUUUGUUUGCAAACCACAAUUUUAUUUACAUACAAUUUUGUAAUAUUUUAUUUUGCUUUUGUGCAGCAUGAUUAAUUUGGCCGAAUAACUAACAAAAAAAAAAUUGCAUGAUUGUACUAAAAUGAUACAAAAAUAAUUGUUUGAAGGGGCAAUGUGACAACUUUUGCAGUUGAGGGUAAACUUGAAAGCAUAUCGUAAUUUGUAGGGUAAUUUUUUUUAAAUAAAAGAUAAAUUGAUAUUAAUCCUUGGAGAGUGUAGAAUCUUCCGACUAAACUUCAAAAAUUCCACACCUUUUGCGUGGAACGUGACAAUAUGCUCUCUUUGUGUUGCUUUGUUUCUCAAGUUCCAAUACAACUUCUUUUGGCCUACUUCAAAACAA